AACAUAUCCUGAGAGAGAGUGGAUUAGGGUUUUAGGGUUUCGUUCCUUUACAAAGGUCCCUUUUGAAGACUGCAAACUUUGUAAGAGACGAAGCUCUGUGAGAGGAAAGGCCACCGAGGAGCAGAGCCAUGGUGCACGUCUCCUUCUAUCGCAACUAUGGGAAGACUUUUAAGAAGCCCCGUCGUCCCUAUGAGAAGGAGCGAUUGGAUGCAGAACUAAAGUUGGUUGGGGAGUAUGGAUUGCGGUGCAAGAGAGAGCUAUGGAGGGUUCAAUAUGCUUUGAGCCGCAUUCGAAAUGCUGCUAGAAUGCUUUUGACUCUUGAUGAGAAGAAUCCUCGCAGGAUCUUUGAGGGUGAGGCACUUCUCCGCAGGAUGAACCGCUAUGGUUUAUUGGAUGAGAGUCAGAACAAGCUUGAUUAUGUGUUGGCCUUGACUGUGGAGAACUUCCUUGAGCGCCGCCUGCAAACACUUGUUUUCAAGUCUGGUAUGGCAAAGUCCAUCCACCAUGCCCGAGUGCUUAUCAGGCAGAGGCAUAUCAGGGUUGGAAGGCAGGUGGUUAACAUCCCAUCUUUCAUGGUGAGGGUUGAUUCACAGAAGCACAUCGAUUUCUCAUUGACAAGUCCAUUUGGCGGUGGGCGUCCUGGAAGAGUGAAGAGAAAGAACCAGAGAGCUGCUAGCAAGAAGGCUUCUGGUGGAGAUGGAGAUGAAGACGAUGAGGAGUGAGUUAUGAGUUCAGCCAUGGCCAGGCUAGUAGAACAUAGGCUAUUGCCUCAGCAUUUGUUAUCUUUUACAAGGACAGUUUUGUUAAGAAUAUUUACUGCAUUAAUGUUUUGGUUUCUGAACUUUGAUAUUGGGUUUGUUUUGAGAGGAAUUAAAAUUAUGUAUCAAUGAGCUAUGCUGAGCUCCUCCAAUUUAAACGGAAUCUGGCUGGUUAUUGAA